CUGUCAACGUCAAACGUAGUUCCGCCGCGCAAAAAUACCACUUUGCAUAAACAAAUCAUUUACACCGAUAUCUAAAAAGAAAAUCGAAGAAUAUUGGUGUCUGUAGCUAAAUACACUUUGGUUUCGACUUAUCCAGCGAAACAGCUAGGAAUUUGCAAGAAAGUGCUGUCGUUUACUAACAAAAAUGUGUAUUUAACCGACAUAACCUCCAACCUAACCUACUGUUCCAAUUUCGAAUGUCAACUCGCGAAUCCCCGUGCAAUAAACAUGGUGAAACAAAAGAGAGUCAGUGAAGCGAUGUUUUGAAGCAUAAAAACAAUGAACGAUCAACAUGUUGAGAUGCGUCCGGAUAUGUGGGGCCUACAUAUACAGGGUGUCCCGGCGUCACUCCACGGUCCUUCUGCUCGCCUCCUUCAUCCUCAUCAUCACUGUGAUCCUGCAGAUGUAUGCCUACAGACACGCGGACACACACGGCUUGUCACGAACCGGUGACUCAGAAUACGCUCCUGGCGCCUUCCUAAAAGGUCACCAACCAGAGAAUGUAACAUACUGUAAGUUCAACUACGGAUUGCCGGACUACUUUCGUUUAAACCAAACUUUUAUCAGCUAUUCCCCGGAGGGAGGUGAGCAUAGCGCGUACAGAGUCAUCUACAACGCUAUUCAGGGGACAGAGUAUGCAAAUGUUUCCAAGUUCAACGCUGUCACAUAUGCGACUCAAGCUACACCGGAGUUCAUGUACCACGUUGUGGAAAUAGCCAGAUUCUGGGAAGGGCCUAUCAGCCUGGCUGUGUUCGUUCCUGACUAUGACAUGGAGAUUGCCUUGCGCAUAAUGACACAUCUGUGCAGCUGCUACCACGGCAUGGCUAAAGUCUCCAUGCAUUUGUUUUAUCCGAUACGAUUUCCACCUAAAAUGCGUACGAGAGAACAACUCAUGCAUACCACAACAGAAACACCGACGACCACCGCAAACAUUUCCAUCGAAGAAAUCCAGCAGCAAAAACUCGAAAGAUACAGGAGUUUAGACGACAGUUCUCGCGCGGAAUACAUCCAGUGGGUGCGUCAGAACAAGAUAAAGCGAAUGAUGACGCGUGUGCAUUCGCAAACCACUUUCGGGCCCGAAUUAAGAUUCUCCGACUGCAUGGGGCCAAACUACUUGAACGCAACCUCGUUUCGCAAAGAGCACAGUUUAACAUAUCCAAUAAACGUGGGGCGGAACGUCGCUCGUAACGCGUCUAAGACUAACUACUUCCUAGUGAGUGACAUAGAGCUGGUUCCCAGCGACGGAUUAGCCCCUAAGUUCCUGGCGAUGGUGAGGAAACUCAUGGGGGGAAGGAAGCGGGAGGAGGGGUACAUAUUCUCCAGGACGGUGUUCGUUGUGCCGCUGUUCGAGGUGGAGAGGGGGGAGGGGAUACCCCGCGACAAGGAUGAGUUGAUCCGCCUGGCAGCCAGCAACAGGGCGGUGUACUUCCACCAGAAGAUCUGCUCGCACUGCCAGCGCUUCCCCGGCCUGCAGACCUGGCUCAACAGACCCUCGCCCUAUGGAGUUGAGCCGAUGGUGAUAGGGCGGCGCGAAUACCCGUACCACCGCUGGGAGCCGCUCUACUUCGGCACGCAGCGAGAGCCCUGGUACAAUGAGCUGCUGUCCUGGGAGGGCAAGCAGGACAAGAUGACACAGAUGCUAGAGCUAUGCCUCCAAGAAUACCGGUUGGUGGUUCUCGACGGGGGCUUUCUGGUUCACGCCGACAUCCGCCAGAAGAAGGACUCGGUCAAACAUUACCGAGCAGAGAAACUCAACUGGCAGCGGUACUACAAGAUCAUUGCAAGAUUAAAAAUGAAGUAUAAGGAUAACCCGCGGUGCAAGGUUUCGUAGGUUAAGGUUAAGUGGUUUGAUUUUUUUCUUGGAACGUUUAUGUAAACACUCAUGUAUAGAUAGGAUUAUUUCGACUGCUAAGAAUAAAAACUCAAAGAGGGUUUUGUGUGAAUAUGACAGAGAAUGAGAUCACUACAGAAUUAAAAUUGAGGAUCGGAAUGUCGUUUUACAUACAUUACAUUCUGCUAUAAAUUAUUUUAAUUACCAGUCAGGUCAACUCAGGUCAAUGAACAUCGUAAUCAGUUUGAAUUGCAAAAAGCUUUAAUUUCUACAGAUAAUUUAAUAAUAAUUUUAAUGGAAUACUUACAUGUUAUUUAUUAUUACUUCAAAUACGUGGAUUUUGGUACAAUAAUGGUGUAACUCUUAAAACUAUACAGUAAUAGUUUCAUUUAUAAAGAACUAAUACGAGUAAAAUGUGUCUUUGCCAAACAAAAAAAUAUAAAAUUGUAUAUUAAAGUAUAGGUAAGGCGAUAUACUAAAUUUCUAAAUAAAUAUCAGACAGCGUAGGUACCCCAGGGUAGGUUUAGGCACAGAUGGAGGACUUUUAAGGCAAGUGUCCACGAACACUGAAUGCGAUUGCGUUGCGUACAACGCCGAAAAGUGGAGAUAUAAUGAUUUUAUAUAUUAAAUGUAUCAUGAUAUAUGUUUAUAUUAAAAUCCCAUGCACUUAGCUAUAAUUAUUAUUUCUUCACAUCCACAUUACCACACUAAGGGCCUUAUUAUGAUCCAUUUUGAGAUAUACGUAUUAAUUUACACUUAUAAUGCAUAAUUUGUCUUAGAUCAUUUUACUGUAACAUAAAAAUGUACGAUCAAACAAUAGCAAUAAAUAUUAUACUAAU